AGCAGCAGCAGAUGACGAGAAAUAGAAACGAGGAAGUCAAAAGGUAUGAUAACAGGAAGAGAACCUUACUAGAAUCCAGAAGCAGAGGAAGGUCACAAGAGAAACGUCCUCGCUUAGCUCACCUGGAUCAAACUAGAGGUUUAAAUGAUCAGAGUAUUGGGAGUGUACAAAAAAUGGAACAGCCCCAGCUGUUGAACUCCUCAAAAGAUGCCCUGCGCAUGCUGGCAAUUUCCAGAGGUUUGGACCCAAACAACCAGGAUGUUAUCAAGAUUCUUGAGAUGACUACUCAACUCGAGGCAUUACAAGCUUUAACAAUAAAGCAACGAAUGGAAGCUCAAUCAUUGGUCAUUAUUGGUCAAGCACAGGAUCAGUUGAUGCAGCAAAGAAGGGAAUCAGAACGUCAAGCUCAAGAACAACUCAUGCAGCAAAGAAGGGAAUCAGAACGUCAAGAACAACUCAUGCAGCAAAGAAGGGAAUCAGAACGUCAAGAACAACUCAUGCAGCAAAGAAGGGAAUCAGAACGUCAAGAACAACUCAUGCAGCAAAGAAGAGAAUCAGAACGUCAAGAACAACUCAUGCAGCAAAGAAGGGAAUCAGAACGUCAAGAACAACUCAUGAAGAAAAGGAGGGAAUCUGAGCGCCAAGCACAAGAAGAGCUAAUGCAGCAAAGGAGAGAGUCUGAGCGCCAUAAAGCAUCACCUCACAUGUUUGGCCAGAAAGGGAGAUGGGCUGAAGAGGAAAGCAGGAAGAAACGAGACGAAGCCGAACAAAAGCUCAAGGAAAACAUUUCACACAAGUUCCAACUGCUUGGAGAGCUCAAAGGUAGAAUGCACCAAUCAGAAAAGUCCUAUAGGAACAGCCCCAAGUCUGUUUCUACCCACACAUUUGGCAAUGAAGCUAGUAUAAAACCUUACAGAAAUGCCCCUCCCACUAUUGGCCUACUUGGUACUGGCCCUUUGAAUGUUCCAAGUGCACCACCGGCUGCUGCAUACCCUUCUCAAAAAGAUGGAAAAAUCAAAGACAGUCUGUUUGCCUUUGCUGGUUACCAGCCAGGUAAAGAUCUCUCCCAGGACAAGGGCAAGCACUCAAGUAGGUCUAGAUCACCAAGGGAAGCAAACAAGUCAAGGGCAUUAAGACUAAACUCUUCUUUAGAAAGGGAUGGAAGGAGCAAAAAUUCUUUUGGUAGAGCAGAUCGGCAAAGUAAUGAUAGACAUUCAAGUAAACAAAGAUCAAGUUCAAGACAGAAAAGUGAUAACGUCCACUACGGUGGACGAGACAAUUUGGACCCAAGUAACAAUGAUACACCUUUAGAUUUUCACAAGCGUUCUUCAUUUAUGAGCACGGAACAAGCCGUGAAACAAGACUUUGACAGAACUGUUCAGGCUCUGCGAGAGGUUAAAUCCACCAUACCUAAAAGGGAAGAAAAGCGGACUGGAGCCGUAGAGGAACUGUAUCUCCCAGUUCAGUUUGGAAAAAAUGCCGUCAAGAAAACUCCCUGGGAAAUGGAGGAAGAGAAGAGGAAAGCUUUAGACAGGAAGAGGAACUACCCAGAUAAGGGUAGAGACAACAAUGACAGGAAACUUGGCAACAGCAAGCCAGGCUUCAGGGACACGGGUUAUCCACGGUCAAAUCCCAGCGGGGAGAAGAGAAAAGAUUGGUCAGCAGGGAAAGGUCUGCUGGGUAGUGGUCCUGGUGAUCAGUCAUAUGACAUGAAUAAGUCUAGAGGGGCACCAGGAAACAGGUUUCAGGGCACAGCACCAGAGACAAAGGGCCUGCUGGGAAGUGCACCUUCUGAGCCCCCGGUUAGAGUGCCACAUGGGAUCUUGAAGAAAAACUCUGUGGCAGGGGCUGUAGAAAAAUAUGAUAAUGUUAACAGAGAAAUCCCACGCAAUUCUAAACGAAAUGCUAGAGCUAAUCCCGGAGGGACAGGCAUGCACAGAGGUAGAGGCAAUCUGCGAGGUGGUGUUGGACACACACCCUUUCCAACUAACAACAGAGGUGUGAAUAAUCCAAGGGUGUUUAACAAAGAAGCUAAAGAGGAACAUGAGUGGGGUGGCACUGAACACCACGACUUUGUUCCUCCAAAUUCAAAUAGAGGAAAUUUUAAGGCUGGGCCACCAUUUAGAAAUCCACCAAAAGAGUCUUACCCUGGCUGGAAGGAUCUGAAGUCUGAUUACAAGCCAGAUUACCCAACCAAUGACUGGAACCAGGAGUGGUCUGCUAGUGGGGCAGAACCUUCAUACUAUGGUGCAGGACAAGACCCACCUGACACUUACAGCCAAGAACAGUUCUACCCGCCUGAGGAGCCCUACGUUGAGGAGUUUGGUGGCCCCAUUGAAGAACACCAUGCACCUGAAUAUCCUGAGAUUCCAGUAGACACGAGAGCUCCACUUCCCUUGGAUAAUGCUGAGCACUAUGGGGAGAUUGGGGAAAGUGCUUGGCAAGGUACAUAUGACCAUCAUCCAGUAGGUCCACUGCCAGUCCAUGAGGAAUCUGCUGGUCCAGCUGAAGCACCAUUGGAAUAUGAAGGCUAUGGCUACAGUGGUGAAAGCACAGAAUAUCCGACAGAGCCAGUGUAUUAUGAAGGACAAGAGGAGUAUUAUGAUGAUAAUCAAUUUAAAGGCAAAGAAUAUGCACCUGCUUUUAGGGGACAUCCCACCCGGGGCAGAAUUGGACUGAAUAGGGGCAGAACAAGACCUUUUAGAGGGAGAGGUGAAUCAAUCAGGGGACAUAACUCUUACAGGGGAAGAGUUGCCCAAGGCCCAGCUGUACCAGAACAGCAGUAUGAUGAGAAUGUUGACAUGGACUGGAGCAGUUACCCCAGUGAUCCUGCACCAAACUUUGGUGGGGAGGAGAGCACAGGGCGCUGGGGGUUUCCUGCUGGGAGAGGGAGAGGCAGGGGAGCCUUCAAUACUGGCAGCUUGCUCCCCACACCUCAUGAGAGAGAGAACAGCUAUGUGGACAACACAAAACAGCAGACUCAAGGAUGGGGAGGAGGGCAGAGGUCACAGUUCCCACCCCCUUAUACCAAUCGAGGUAGAGGAAAUACUUACUUUUAAAUUUUUAUUAUCUUUACUUUUGAAUUCUUUUAUUGUAUACCAUCAUGUGUAUGUGAACAAGUUGAGUAACUAUUUUAUUGUAAUUGUUUUAGGGAAAAAAAAUGUUUACUGCUGUUGAUGAUUGUUAAGUUCAGUAUCACAUAUAACUGCAUCAUUUCUUUUUAUUUUAAAAUGUCAUGUUGAAA